AUUGUUGUGAUAGCAUCAUUUGCUGUACUGAAAUAAAACUGAUUAUUAUUGAUUUUUGUUUUCAUUUUGACAGCUACCGACACCGUAGAACAGAGCAAGAGGAGGAUGAAGAACUCUUAACAGAAAGCUCUAAAGCAACUAAUGUGUGUACUCGAUUUGAAGAUUCUCCAUCAUAUGUAAAAUGGGGUAAACUGAGAGAUUAUCAGGUCCGAGGAUUGAAUUGGCUCAUCUCUCUGUAUGAAAAUGGCAUCAAUGGUAUCCUUGCAGAUGAAAUGGGUUUGGGAAAGACACUUCAAACAAUUUCUCUCCUUGGGUACAUGAAACACUAUAGAAACAUUCCUGGUCCUCACAUGGUUUUGGUUCCCAAGUCUACAUUGCACAACUGGAUGAGUGAAUUCAAGAGAUGGGUGCCAACACUUAGAUCUGUUUGCUUGAUAGGAGAUAAAGAGCAACGAACUGCAUUUGUCAGGGAUGUUUUAUUACCAGGAGAGUGCGAUGUGUGUGUCACAUCUUAUGAAAUGCUCAUUAAAGAGAAGUCUGUGUUCAAAAAGUUUAACUGGAGAUACUUAGUUAUAGAUGAAGCUCACAGGCUAAAAAAUGAAAAAUCUAAGUUGUCAGAAAUAGUGAGGGAAUUCAAGACUACAAAUUCAAGACUGUUGCUAACUGGGAUGCCCCUUCAGAACAACUUGCACGAGCUCUGGUCACUUCUGAAUUUUCUCUUACCGGAUGUGUUUAAUUCAGCUGAUGACUUUGAUUCCUGGUUUGAUACAAAUAAUUGCCUUGGGGAUCAAAAGCUUGUUGAGAGGCUUCAUAUGGUAUGUAUGGUUAGAGCAUAUUUUUAACUGGUGAAAAAUAUG